AUGACUAUCAUCACUGUGCUCCUGCUCGCCACUCUGCUGCCUAAGCUGAGCUUCACUGCCCGUAUAGUGUAUGGCAAGGAAGAACAACCCCACUCUAGACCUUACAUGGUUUCUCUUCAGUACUACGGAUACCAUAUCUGCGGUGGAUUCCUAAUUUCUCAUGAGUUCGUUAUGACUGCCGCACACUGCAGGCCAAAUAAUGAGAUUCUGUCAGUUGUCGUAGGCGCACAUGAUCUAACAAAUUGGAGGGAGAAUUCUGUCCCCAUCAGAGUGAAGUCCUACCACAAGCACCCAUUCUUUUCUGAAAAUCCUGUUUGGAAUGACAUCAUGCUUUUGAGGUUAGAGAAAAGAGUCAAGCAAGAUGAAAAUGUCAAGUGGAUAUCCAUACCGAAGACAGAAGAAAAAGUUAAUUCAAGUUCAGUUUGCAGUGUCGCAGGGUGGGGAAGACUGAGCACCACAGGCCCAGUGAGCGAUCGGCUCAUGGAAACAGAUGUAAAAAUCUUGAACAUCAUAGAAUGUGCUGAUAGAUGGGGGUGGAAGUACUCACCUUCACAGAUGAUAUGUGCAUAUGGCAAUGGAGGAAGCUGUAAGGGUGAUUCAGGGGGUCCCUUGGUAUGUGGAGAUACUGCAGUUGGGAUUACAUCUUUUGGUAGUAGAUUUGUCUGCAAUUCACUGCUGUUGCCUAAUGUUUAUACUAAGAUUUCAGCAUUUCUUCCAUGGAUCCACUCCACAAUGAGAAAUAACAGCAUUAUGAUCAUCUCGUUGCUUUUGUUGGGCAUUCUACUGCCAUAUCUGACACUCACAGCUUAUGUGAAUGUAGGUAUAGUAAAUGGUACAGAGGCAAAACCACAUUCAAGACCCUACAUGGUUUCUGUCCAAAUAAAUGGGAAACACAGAUGUGGUGGCUUCCUUGUGUCUAAACAGUUUGUCAUGACAGCUGCACAUUGUUUUAAGGACAGGGGGACAGGGGACAGCAUUGGGGUACGUAUGACAGUCGUGGUGGGAGCUCAUAAUCCUAACAGCGGUUCUAGCCGCAUAAAUGUUAAGUUCUACCACAUCCAUCCUGGGUAUGACUCGGCUACUCUGCAAAAUGACAUCAUGUUACUUCAGCUGAACGGAACGGCCAAAAAAAGCAAAAUAGUAAACUGGAUCUCCAUACCGAAAAAAGAUAAAGUCAUCAAGGUCAAAUCCAAAUGCAGUGUUGCAGGUUGGGGGAGACAAAGUACCAAUGGUACUCCGAGUGAUCGUCUUAUGGAGGUUGAUGUCAUCAUCACUGACAUCACUGAAUGUCAGAAGAACUGGAAAAAUGAUUUCUACCCCAAAAGCAUGGUGUGCGCAGGUGGUCGUGGAGGAUUUUGCCAGGGAGAUUCUGGAGGGCCUUUGGUGUGUGACAAAACUGCAGUCGGUGUUGUUUCAUUCAAUCAGAAGAAAAACUGUGACUCACCCACACUUCCAAAUGUCUACACCAAAAUUUCCAAGUUUCUGACCUGGAUAAAUGCAAUACUUGGAGGUGUGACUCAAGAACUGGAUAAUUAUUGAUUGAACUUAUAGAAGUUUUCUUUGGGCCUUAUACCCCCUAGUGUUAAAAGGUCACCUACAUCAAUUCACAAUUAUGAUGCCUGCAUGUAGAUAAUAUUGAUAAAAAAAAUGCAUAGAGUCUGAAAUACUUGAAAGAAUUUGUAUAUGUCA